ACCUUCAAAUCGGAUGAUUCAAGAGGAACUGAAUAGCUAGAAAGAUUGUCUUUCCAAUGACAUCAAUAUCGGGAUCUGGGUCGAUCGAGUCGAACGGAAUCUAGCUCGAAAGGCGGCGGAUCAGAAAAGUUAUAUGUGGCUGUUGAAGCUAGAUUUUGGCAGAGCUUCGCCGAGGAUAUGGUUUCUGCCUUCCUUAAAGUCGUGGCUCUUCUUUAUAUAGCAGGAGGAGGGUUACCAGGAUCUAGGUUUAGGUUUAAAGGUGAACUUUAUUUCAUAGGUUUUUGGGGUUUUAGGAUUAAAAAAGAAUUAGUUGGGUUUAGGAAGUUUUUUUAUGAGUUUGGGAUGCCACAAUUAGGAUUCAUCAUGGUCAUCACAUGGGUCAUGCAAUGUGGCCCGACUCCCAUAUAUUUAUCGUGAUAAGUUUGAUUUGCGUGACACAAAGAGAGUAGAGUUUGGGAGAUUGAUGUGUUUGUUAGAUAUCGUAUAUAGGACUAGGAGGAGCUAGAGGAAGAUGUAUAAUGGAGUGUGAUGGAGACGGGUAAGGAUGAACUUUUUCCAGGAGAUGGAGACAGCUGCGGUCAUCGUGUUAUCUUACUGGGCUUUCCUUGUAGCACUCAUGACGUUCUACCAGAUCAUCUCUAGAUGGUCGCUUCGCUUUUAUUACGAAGAUGAGGAGGAGGAAGAAGAUGAUGACAUCGAACUUGGAGAUGAUCACCAUUGUUGCCGCAUCUGUCAUGAAGAUAUCAGGGCUUUUUCCAAUAUUCUCCGUCUAUCAAACUGCCACCGUAUUCGAUCCAGAUUCUCCCAACUCAAAAGAUCUGUUUAAUAAUAAUCUUUUGUUUUAUUUUAUACUUAUUUAAAGGGAGAAAUAAACCUUUGGUUAAAAACAUAAUAAUAGUUUACAGAAAUAGAGAUUUUUCGUUUUUUGUUUUGUAUUCAGUAGAAGUUAAAUUUUUGGGAAUGUAUUUUUCUUAAAUAUAUCGUGUGUGCACACUCUUUUCGAUUUAGUAACAAGCAAGUAAGGAAGCUUUACAUGAGCCUGAUAUGAAGGCCUUUAUAAACAAAAAAUAUCCAAAAACCAAAGAUAAAAC